AUGCUUUGGCCACGCAACGACGCCUCUGUACGUGCCGCCUUUGAGGCGGACAUUGAAAAUGUUCACCUGCUGUACGACUACGAUGCCGAGAAUCCGGAAACUGGCGCACCCGAGAAAUGGCGCUAUGAAAUGUGGUUCCGUUCGGACAACCGCAUCGUCUACGCCAUCCACGGCGGACCAAUGGCAGGACGUCUGAACUACCAAACUGCCGACUACCAAUGCAUCCGCCCCGGCGAACUAUGGCAAUGCAACUGGCUCGAAGAAACAGGCACCACAUGCUCGCUCGUGUACGAUAUCCAGAACCAAAAAAUCACCACGAUGCUCAACUUUAGCAAAGGUCACUGGGAAUACGCCGACAAGGCACACGGUGACAAGAGGAACCCAGACGAUUUCCACCGCUGGAGAGACUUGGCCAAGAUCGGCAUACAGACCGACAGAAAGAUUCUAAACGACCAGGCCAACAUCUUGCAAUCCUUCAAGGGCAAGGGCGAUCUGCAAGACAUCGAUCUCGACGCUCCUACACUUUGA